GUGCUAGCCUCCUGAUCUUUUGAGAACGCAUAGCAUGCGUCUGUGAUUGAUGAUUGUUGCAUUGUUCGCAUAAUAUCUAGCCACCUGCCAAUGUGAAGAGCCUGCUCUGUUUCUUCCUGAUUAGCAUUCUUUCAUACCUGAAUUCCCCACUUUGCGACUACCAUAGAUCAUCGCAGGAUUUCUUUCGCAUUCCUCCAAUUUCCCUUCUACGCCAGACAUAACAUCUCGUUUGAAACCAUCAACAUGGCCGAUACCGCUGAUACCUACCCCGCGUCCUUAAGCACCGCUUUCGACGAGACAUCCUCAUUGAGGGACCGCUACGACCCCAUUGCGCUCGCAGACGCCGAGAUCGUUCCUAUACUGCAGCUGCCGCUCGCGAAGGAGGUUUUUGGACACAAUGCCGAUGAGAGUGUGUUGAGUCGCGUUGCAAAGGGCGAGGUAUCCUACACCACCUUUCUGUCCGAAAGGGUACAGGCGGUCACGCAAUCGCCUUUGGAAGGCUUGACGUCCGAACAACAACGCUCGCAGCUGCUGCACAUUGCUCUGGCCGCGCUUUUCGGAUUCCUGCAGUCCAACGUGACCGGCCCACCCUUGACCUUCGGCCCCGCGGACAUCAUCAUCCCCGCCGCUCUGCGACCCGACGCAGCCACUCUCCGAGCCGUUCGUGCCCAUGUCAUUCGCAACCUCUCCGUCGAUGGUGAGGCAGCGUACAAGCUGACCCCCAAUGUCGAGCUGUUCGCUGUCGCCAAGGCCCUGCUGGCUGAUACCGAUGUUCUGGUCGUCAACGGUCCCCUGGUGGCCCGGACGGCAAGACUCCGGGUCAAUUUCCUUCACCAGAAGAUGCUGUCGGAGGUGACUGGUACGCUGCAGGAUUUGAUUUACAACGAGCUUGAGGACCUCAGCAAGGUUAUCUUGAGCGCCCAGUGCACGGCGCAGGAGCGAGGAGGGUUUUUGCUCGAGAGAGCAACUAUCCACACCGUUCACGGCUUCGAUGCAAAGGCCCGCGCGGACCUCGAGCAGGCCGCUAAAGAACGGAAAUUCGAGUUUGCUUUGACGGGUAAACUGGGUAAGAGAACUAAGUUCCAGGAGCGCGAUGUCAGUCAGCUUGUCAUCCUGGCCAAGAGCGCCGACUCGUCGGAGAACAACGGCAAGAGCGAGAACGCGUCUGGUCCGAAAAACCUUGAUCUCAACGAUGAUACACUUUUGGAGUCUAUUUCUUUCGCCAAGGCCGACGGAGAAGAGUCUCAAGGAAAGCAGGUGACUGUUCAGGAUGAAGCGGCGCUACCCCCGGCGUUGGCAUCUCUCGACCCCGGCGACCAGCCUAAACUCGAACCCGUCGACUCCGCCAUCCUUCUUGCCUUGGCAUCGGCUAUCACCAAUACCGCACCCGAGAACGGUAUCACCCGCGAGGAGACGGCGCCCUACGCUACCCGUGUCCUGGAAGGAGGCAGCUCGAACUGGCAGAUCUACACUCAGGCUUUGUUGGUGCGUAGUCGUGUUGAGGGCCACAGAUCCAGAACUGUCGAAAGAGCUGUUCUGCAGAUGCAAGCACUCGUGGACCAGGUCAUCGCUGAUACUGCCACUUCUGAUGAACAAGCCGGUGUUUCUGUCGAGGCACCCACAACUUUCCUGCCGCGUCCUGAAAAGUCCGAGUCCGCAUCUGCCGCAGAGCGUUUGCAAUACGUGUGGCUUAUGAACUUUUCCACCCGAUGGGACCUCGAGGCCGAGCUUGCUACCAGAUGGGUCAAUCUCGGCGGUCUGCGCACGGCGCUUGAUAUCUACGAGCGUCUUCAGAUGUGGGCCGAGGCUGCACUCUGCUACGCUGCGACGGAGAGAGAGGACAAGGCCAGACAGAUGGUCCGCAAGCAGCUCUACCAGCCUACCGGUCAGGACCCCGAUGAUGACAACGAGAAAUUCGAAGGACCCGAGCUGUCUCCUCUGCCCGCUGAUGCUCCCCGCCUUCUCUGCAUCCUGGGUGAUAUCGACACCGACCCGGCCAUGUACGAGCGGGCUUGGGAGGUUUCUAACCAGAGAUACGCUCGCGCCCAGCGCUCCCUGGCCCGCCACUACCUCACUCUCAAGCCUCCGGCUCUCGAAAAGGCCGAAGAAGCCUACCGCAAAAGCUUGGACAUCAACCGUCUCAACCACGGCGCCUGGUUCGCUCUGGGAUGCGUGCAGCUCGAACUCCACCGUUGGGAUGAUGCCAUCUUCUCCUUCACACGCACCGUCCAGCUCGAAGACACCGACGCCGAAGCCUGGAGUAACCUGGCGGCCGCGAUCCUCCGCUCCCCCAGACCCGACGAAGACACCCCCUUUAUUUCCGAACAACCACCCAAACCCAAAGCGCCCCUCGCCGACGAUGAGGAAGAAGGUGAGGACGAAGAAGCGGCCCCAGAGGACCCCUACAAACGCAAGCGUGAGGCCCUGGCCGCGCUCCACCGCGCCGCCUCCCUCAAACACACGGACGCCCGCAUCUGGGACAACAUGCUCACCGUCGCGGCCUCGAUCCCCCCGCCCUUCACUCCCUUCCGUGACGUCGUUACCGCGCAGCGGCGCCUCAUCGAGCUCGUCGGGUCCAAGAAGGGCGAGAAGUGCAUCGACAUGCCCAUCCUGGGUAUGCUGGUCGACCACCUGGUCCGGGCCUAUGAUUACCAGGACCUGCUCAUCCGCGUGGACGACAGCCCAUCGGCGGAGAAGAUCGUGCGCAGCGGUACUGUGCCGGGUCAGAUCAUCUCGCUGAUCGACCAGGGUAUCGUGCCGCUGAUCACACACUCCGCGCCCCUGUGGCUCCUCGUGGCGAGCGUGGAGGAGUGGCGGGACCAGCCGUCCAAGGCCUUCGAGGCGCAUGAGAAGGCCUGGCGCGCGACGGUCGCGUCGUCCACGCAGGGCGCCUUCCAAAUGGGCGACGAGAAGAAGUGGCUGGAGGUUGUGCGCGCCACGGAGCGGUUGGUCCGCGAUGGAUACGCUCGGUACGGUCCCAUGGACAAGGAGGGCCAAGAGGGUGCUGCAGAGGCGGAGACGGAGAUGGUGGCUAAGGAUUGGAGGUUCAAGGCCCGCAGUGCAGUGCGUGGUAUCCUGGGUAAGGGCAAGGAUUUCUGGGAGGAUUCCGAGGGGUGGGAGCGCCUGAAGGCUUUGCAGUCUGAGGUGGGAAGUGCAUAGAUUCUGUUGUUGAUUUGCAUAUAUAGAGUGUGGGCUCGUAGCAUUUGAAGCUGGGUACCAGUUUUCAAGAGAAGCGGGCCGUUCUAGUCACGAUUGUUCAUGUUCCGAAUUGAAUUUCGUAUUCUUUUUCUCUUUUUCACUUUUUUGUUUCUCAUUCAUCAUGCCCAUUGUUAUUAUUCUACUCGUCCGAUCGUGUUGGGGCUGUAUCAGAUCGUUGCUUGCUGUCUAUCUUCCGUUUUAGCAUGCCGCAGAAACUCUCGAAGAG